CGGAGGUAGACCAGUAUUUUCUUUAUGGUUUAAACCAGGUUUAACAUUUAUUUAUUGAGUGUAUGUUCUGAUUUAGGAACUUUACGUUAGUAAUAAAACGUCUGAAUUGGAUAUUAGAAACAAACAAUUCAAUAAUACUUUAUUUAACAUAGAAAUGUGUUAAACACUUAGUGCUUUGAAUAAAUCAAAGGAAGGAAUAUGCAUAACGAAAGUAGAAUACGUUCUGAAUUAGGCGAACGGGUUUCCAUUCAAUAUGGGGAACGGAAAAGAUGCAAGUAUACCCCCGAAAGAAGAAAAUACAAGACUGAAGAAACUUGUGUGCUGUUCGAAAUGCCAGGUCAACUAUAAGAGCGCUUUGUUUAGACCAUGCUGCCAUCUUAAUAUGUGCAUAAUCUGUGCGUUUGGCUUAAAAUAUUGUCCAGAAUGCAACUCAACUAUAGAGGGAAUAUUCAAGGUUAUUCUGACACGAAAGUAUAACUAAAUCUGCAGAAUUAUUGAUGAAAAAACUAUUUAAAAUGUAAUAAAGAGCAUUUAUCUUAAACUUUAAUGCAGUUCCGUAGUUAAAUUAUAAAACAAAGGAAAAAAAGUAAUGCAACUGAAAUGUAUUGCCAAAUCAAAUACAUUACCCAGUUCCUACAUCAAAUGUCGUGUUUUAAGUAAGUAGCAUUUUCUCUUAGCGUUGAUCCAGACAAUAGUCAGCGACAACGCACGUUUGAAGUCAGAACUAUACUGUGGCAAAUGCAAUGUUUAACCCAGUAUCGUGCUCUUCUUCCCUUGCCAACACCAUCUCUUGUGUUUGGACUGUGCCAAGGAUUUGGAGGUAUGUUGUGCUCGCUCGGUAGAAAUUCGUCGCACCAAGCAAACGUUUAGGUCUAAGGUCCUAGGACAAAGGUUUAUUUUGUAUUUAGGUAGCAUUAACGACUGUAGAUUAUCUUUUCCAUUUAAUCAUAAAAUUGUGUUAGAACACUUUGCUUUAAGUAGUCACAUUAAUUCAUCAUUAUCAGUAAAGUAUAUUGAUUGCUAAUUUUUACAUCACAGUAGUAGACAAAUCUUGAUAAAAAUACUUUUUUCAUCUGUCUAAUUGUUACACGUAUUAAUAUUAGUAUCAAAUGUUGUUUAUUUGAUAAAAUAUUUUCUUUAAAUUAAUAAUUGAAAUUAUAUACGACUCCUUAACCUAUAUUCGUUCUUUCAUUAGCUUUAAUUGGCUUUUCUCGUUUUGUGAUUUGUUAUAUAACAAGUUUGUAUAGCACGUUUAAGUUUGAUUGUUCAUAUUAACUAUCAUGGAUUUUGUAAUUUAAAGGGCCUGUAAGAUCGUGUUUUCUUUCAUUAUCAUGAUAAGCUUUUUAUUGUUGUUGUUCAUAAAAAUAGGAUGAUGAUUGUACAUGUAUAUCAGUUAACGGAAUUAUCCAAACAAUCUGGAAGUGGUUUAAGUGACACUGUAUGUGUCCUUCAUAUAUACUACAAAAUCAAACCAAUAAAUGUAUAUCUCCUAUUUCAAAGUAUCGCUUUUUAACAUAACCUAUUUGUGUUUUAUAACGGUAGCAUAGUUUCGCUUCGAAUAAGAUAGCAAAGGUUCGGGUUUCGAUACUUCAUAAUGCAAUCCCUGCCACAUUGUAAAUUAAUUUUGCUACUUAAUAUAUAGUUCUUGUCAAAUUAUAAAGUUCCUGAGAGUGUACAACUAUGCAAAUGCAUUGAAUAUUCACCUUAUUAUUUAAAAAAACGUUGCGUUUCUUGUUUUUAUGCAUCUUUUGAUUAAUUGCGGACGUACUUUCAACUUUACCAAUCAUUAUGUAAUGUGUUGUUCACGUGUUUGGUUACAACACGUAUGUUUAAAAACAGAUGUCUGGUGAAUCAGUUGAAACGAAUUGCUGCGUUGAGGUAUUUUCCUGGACGUUCCUUUUUAAUGUGUGUACAUAUUAAAGUAUUAUCAGCCUUCAAAGAAGCCUAAGUAAAUUGAGUUGCACUUGUACGUCAAGGAUGGAAUUUCGCUCAGUGUAUGGAUCAGUGACAUGGUCGCUCCAAAAUCCAUUUAGUUCCACGCCAUAUCAUUUUUGCUUAAGAUCAUGUUAAUUGGUAAAAUGGUAUAACUUUUGUGAAAGGAAAACACCUGAAUAAUUUAAGGUCAAAGAUCCAGGUCAAAAGAGAUUUGAAAAAGUUAGGUACACUAUUCGAGUACCAAAAAUAUCUUUAAAUACGAUAAGUGAACGUUGAUUAAUGAUAAAACGUCAUGUAAUUAUCGUUGCAUGUAUUUCCAGGAAACUUCUAAAGUAAAAGCAUUUCUAUUGCUAGCUGAUGUCUGAGAGAUAACUGUACAUGUGCAGUAUUAACAACUUUAUGAUAAGUGCCUAUAUUGUUGCUCGACGUACAUAUCUACAAACAUUUCUUGUAAUGUGUGGUCUAUUACUUAACUAUGCAAUUUCAUGUUUGAUGCACAUGUGGCUGUACUUUCCUAGCCUAAAAUUUAAUAAAUGUGUGUUUUAAAAAAUUCUCCAGCGAUCAAAUACUUGUUUUAAUUUUCUGCAUUUAUUUCAAACUACCGUCAUUGGCAAUAGGAGUUUGUUUCUGUUUCAUACUUUGUAUUCGAUGCUUUUAAACUUAUUUUUACUAUUUUCAAAACUUAUAUUUAUAAUUACCAAACGAUUGAAGUUUAGUUUUUGCUAUAAUGGUGUUAAAUCUAAUGACGCGAUGUGAUAUUUUCCUUCGCUGAAUGAAAUUUGAUGAAGCGAGUGGUAAUGGAUAUGUUGUAUUGUAAUAAUGUUACACAUAUAUAUGACGCCUUACCAUCGCUGAAAUAAUUACACCAGUCACCGCGUAACAAUGUUUCGAUUUACGAACACCACACUACGUAAUGGUCACACACCAUUAUUUAAAGAGCACUCAGUUAAUUUAUAGUACGACCACAAUCACAGACCAUACGUACCAUAUAUUUUAUUAUAAUAUAUUUGUUUUGUUAUAACAUUCCAUAGCUGUUGAUUAUUUACUUGUCAUAAAACACAAGUGUGUGUAUUAAGCAUACUAUUUGUAAUUAGCCUAAACACGUUUUUUUUGUAACGUCUUUUGUAAAACGAAUUCAUUUAGCAUAAUGGUUUAAAGAGAAGUUGUACCGCUAUGUUGUAAAAUUUAAUGACGCGAUGUGAUAUUUUCCAUUGCCGAAUGAUUUCUCAAAACAAACGUGCUGAAUACGUCAGAAUAAGUAAUGCUUUCGUGUGACUCUGUGUUAUUAAAUGACGCAUAUUUUAAUCGCUGAUACGAUGACAGAUUCAUUGAGAAUAUGAUGUCGUGUCGCAAUCUCUCUUCUCGUUUAUGCGUAUACAGUCAAGUGUGUGUUUUCAUGAUACGUUAUACUUGUAAAGCUUUCUGUAUACUUUUAUACCUUUAUAGAUGUGGAUUAUAUUUUUAUAUGGCCUGGCGAUCUUGUGCGAUGCUUUUGUUGUGGCAUUGGACUGAAAGAUUUCAAUGAGACCGAUGACCCCAUGGAGGAGCACAUCAAAUAUGCCUCGAAAUGUGCAUAUUUGGAGACACUGUUCGGAGCUGAGGAGUUGAAACGUAGAUUGGAAGUUAUAAGAUCAGUGGAGCCUGAGAAUAUUCGACAAAAGCAGUAUAUGGAGUUUAAAUCAAACCAAGGAAACGAUUUUACAACCAAACCUUACCGACAUCCAGAAAUGUCUUCUUCUGAAAAACGCCUGGUCACCUUCCGAAAUCCAAACUUUCAUUGCGUUAUUUUACCUCAACGAAUGGCAGAUGCUGGUCUCUUCUUCACAGGAGAGAGUGACCUUGUGCGUUGUUUCGCCUGCGAUGGAGGAUUCCGUAACUGGGAAGUGCACGAUGAUCCAUGGAGAGAACACUGCAGGUGGUUUCCGUCCUGUAGGUUUGCAAGAGAAGUCAAAGGGGACGCGUUUAUCGAGAAAGUUCAAAAACAAACAAUCGGGGCCGGACCGCGUGCUACAAACACAGAUGAAGUCAGUAUGCAUCAGAAUGACCUUAUGAUUGACAGUGGCAUUGAAAGGUUACGCGUCACCAUAGUAAACGACAUGGGCUUCAGCGAUGAUACCUUUAACACAGCGAUAAGACAAGUAAAGAAAAAUGGAACUAUACCUAGUAUUGAUGACGUUAUCGCUUUUAUUGAAAACAUGCAACUUCAAGGAACUGAUUCAGAUGGUGACACGUUCAAUGAAGAUCGUGUUCAUGACGACCCAUGUACAGAAAACCAGCGACUAAAGAACUUACUUAUGUGUAUGAGAUGUAAGUCCAAAGACGCCAAUGUUCUGUUUUUGCCCUGUGCCCACCAUUGGAUGUGCACGGACUGUUCACGUGGAAUCGAAACAUGUCCUGUCUGCCAGCAGACGAUACAAACAAGCGUCCAAACAUUCAUAUCAUAGAAUGUUCUGAAAUGUACCAAACAUUUAGAUUGCUUGAACAAUAUGAAAGAAUUGUGUCAAUAAAAUGAAUUAACACACAAAGGAUCAAAUAUAAUUCUACGUAAUGAUUUCACAACUGGUUAUCAAGUGAUUCGACCACAACUCCAAAACACGCAGGACCAGAUCAUUCCUUGUUUCGAGAAGGCGUUUAUUGUUUAAUCUUUUUUUAUUCAAUAUAAGACAUACACUGUAUACAUGUUUGUGAUCAUAAAAAAAAUUGAUACCAUAAAGCAACAAUAAUGUUUAAACAUGUUAUACAAGAUAUGUUAAUAUGUACUUUAAAAAAACGAAAAGAAAGAAAAGAAAAAAAGAAAAGAAAGUAAAAAAUAAAAGAAAAACAACAGAAUAAUUAUGAAUAAGGAUGAGUGGUAUGAAGUGGGUAGAAAGCAUACUGGACUUGUUAUGAAAGUUUAAUGCGUUUCCAUUUUUGUUCAAAUAUAUAAGGUGUAUCAUUGUUUAGGGCUAUUUCUUUUUCAAUUUGAAUCUUCAGUUUUAAAUAAUUGAUAAAACAGUUUAUUGAAGGUGUUAUUUUUCUGAAUUUAUACUGAAUAUGAAAUAUUUCAUUAACAUAAUUAUGUAAUUCACAGCAUUUUUAACCUCUUGUAUUUUGAAGGUAUUUACCCCUAAACUGAUGUCUAAGAGAGAUAGUUUAACAUUUAAUUGUUGUUUCUCUAGAAAGGUUGUCAAUUGAUUCCAAAGAGAUUUAAUGUUACACUCCUAGAAAAGGUGUUCUAUUGUUUCAAUAUGUUCACUACACAUAUCACAUAGAUUUGUAUUGGAUAGGUUGCACUUAAAAAGAUAUUCAUUUGUACAGAUGGGGUAUCACGUGAUAGUUAAGUAGCUCAAAUAUUGGCUUAAAAACGGAAGACAAUAAUAUUUCUUUUGAUAAAUUAACUGUUUCUGUAAAAUUCAAUGUAUUGGCGAAAAAUGCCUAAAUGUAUCAGUAGAUUUGGAAGGAACUUUGUUUUUGAUUUUUAUAUAAAGAAAGGUGUUAUUUUUUAUAAUUAUUCUUGUUCAAUUGUGUCUGAAAGUAAAGUUUUAUCUUAUAUUACUAAACUUGGUGUCAAUAAAUCUACUGGGCUA